UUAGUUUGCGGUUAAAAUUAAGCGAUAAAGGAUUAAAAUAUUUUGUGCACGCGGCAUUAUUUAAUUUAAAAAGAAUAUCCGGAUAAUAAUUACAAAUUAAAAACAAGAAAAGUACAAAAACAAAAACACAAUGACAUCAACGUCAACGAUUAAGAAAUUUACAAUCGUAUUUGGCUUCAUAUGCUCGCUCCUUGCCUUGGUGUUAAUUGCGUUCGGCAUUUAUGUGCUCUCCUCCUACAGAGUCAAUGAAGUCGGUUCUUUGGCCGCCUAUGCCUAUAUAUGUCUAGGUGUUGCCACAAUACUUGUAUCUUUGCUGGGAUUCGUUGGUGCGGCCCGGGAAAGCGUUUGCUGUACAGUUACRUUUAUCACUUUUCUUUGGAUUUUGUUGAUCUGCCAAAUCGCAAUCACUUUCCUUUUGGUGAAAGGUGAACAAACAGUAGCAUCGCAUCUCUCGAAUAAUUUGGAUGUGGCUUGGGAAGAAGAACUGAACAGCCCUGGAGCAAUGUCUCUGUAUGAGACUUGGCUCGGCUGUUGCGGUCGGGCCAGCCCACACGAUUAUAUCGUCAAUGAUCGCAUGCCGCCAAUGACGUGCUUCAAGAAUGGCGAUAAUACGAAGAGUGAAAAUCUGAUCGGCACCGGCUGUCGCAUAAUGUUUGAGAACUACUGGCUGAGCUUGUUGCGUGCCUUCAAUAUAAUCGCUUGUGUGAUGAUUGGCUUGGAGUUAUUGGUUAGCGUGAUCUCGUGUUGCCUGUGCAAYAGCAUACGCAAUGAUCAUCGGCGCUCCUACUAUUAACCUGACUAAGCGCCCAGUGUUGCCCGGCGUUAAUGUUUAUACGUAGAUGCUUGUUACUCUGCUAUUAUUAAACAAUAAUAUAAGAAUAAUUUUGAAAUCGAUGUCAGCUAAGUUGGUAAUAUUUAUUUUACUGACUCUUUUCGAACAACUCUGCACCCAAAAAGUAAAAA